AUGGAGGACCGCGUGUAUGAAUCAAUUUCUAAGGGUGUAGAUAUCGAUCUGGCUAGUUCGUCAGAGUUGAAGCCUCUUGUUGGUCGGAAAUUCCAAACCCUGAAAUUUGCUUUCGCUUUUUACGCGGUAUAUGUCCGUGCAAUUGGCUUUGAUACGCGCAAACAAGCGAUGAGGAAGGUGGAUGAUGUAACAACCUGGUCAUAUUUACAUACCCCUGAUUGUCCUAUCGAAGUGAAACCCUUUGUUGGUCGUAACUUUCCCACAUUGGAGAAGGCGAUUCAGUUUUAUGAAAAUUAUGGUCGACGUGUUGGUUUUGAUACCAUCAAGUGCGGUUCUAAAAAAUUCUUCAACUCACCAUAUGGUUUUAUAUGGUGUGUACUAGAGAAGGUGAAAAAAGAGUGCAAGACAAGCAAGCUAAACGCAGACGUAAAUCCAAGAAAUGUGGAUGUAAUGCUAGGGGUUGCCUUCAAGUUUGACUCCGACAGAGGCUACGUAAUCAAUAAUCUGAAUGAAGAACAUAAUCAUCCUAUGGUACUUCCAAACCACCAGAAAUUCAUGAGACUCAAUCGAGUUCUUGACGAUGUCCACCAAAAAUUUAUUAUCGAUUGUGCCGGUGUCAAUAUUGGUCCAUCACUAACAUUUAAAUUAUUGACUGAAUUGAUGGGCGGAUAUGAGUUAGUCGGGUGUACUGUAUUGGACGUUGGCAAUUACACCCGAGACAUUAGGAGAUAUGCUGAAGGACAUGAUGCUCAGAUGAUAUUAGAUGAGCUAAGGAAGAAGAAGGAAAGUUGUGAUGCCUUCACGUACGAAUAUAAGGUCGAUUCUAGUGAUAUAAUGUCACAUUUAUUCUGGUGCGAUCCACUAUCAAAGGAGAAUUUUUUGCUAUUCGGUGACAUUGUUUCAUUUGACACUACUUACUCAACCAACAGUGAGAGUGUAAACUCUUUCUCCUGGCUAUUCCGGCAGUUUGUGAAGUGCAUGGGUGUAGCUCAGAAAUUGAUCAUUACUGACCAAGACUUGCGAAUGAAGGUUGUUGUCGAGGAGGUCCUUGUGAACACACGUCAUAGAUGGUGUAUGUGGCACAUCAUGGCAAAAGUUGCUGAGAAGGUCCCAAAAUUAUUGCUUGGUAAUGCAGAUUUUAAGGAGUUAAACUCAUGUGUCUGGUCCGAGUUGAUUGAACCCACCGAGUUUGAAGACACUUGGCAUAAGAUUAUGGAGGAAUAUGGUCUUGAAGACACCGAUUGGUUUUCUACAAUGUUUCGAUCAAGACAGUAUUGGGUUCCAUGGCCUAUUGAGAAGUAUGCUUCUACAAUAUUCGCUGACAGUGCAUUCAAGGAAAUUCAAGACCAAAUAUUGGAGGCAUACAAUCAUUGCAAAUUGGAUUCUACCUUUCAUUGUGGUUGCAAAAUGUUUCUGAGAACUGGUCUUGUAUGCUGUCACAUCUUCCUUGUGUUGAAACACAAAAACAUUAAGUUGAUUCCUUACAAUUUGAUUGGAGGUCGAUGGUUAAAGUCCCCACUAGUAAAGUCAGCUCGUGGUGUUGACUGUGAAGAUGUGAUUACUCAUGUCUAUGUGGAUGAGAAGAAGAAGAAGGCUUCGUUUAUCUUGUUGGGUGAAAUACUGUCUUUGUACCAGGCUGUUUCUGUCGACAUUGAUCAAACCCCACCCAUGAAUUAA